AUGGAGUCCCUGAUUCCAUUCACGACUUCAGGAGCUCUUGUAGACUGCGUUGACAAAAAAGUACUCGUCAUUCUAAGAGAUGGUCGAAAGCUCAUAGGAGUCUUGCGGUCUUAUGAUCAGUUUGCCAAUCUGGUAUUAGAAGGAACUAUUGAACGCAAGCAUCUCGGCCCAUAUUUUGCGGAAUUGCCAGUCGGGGUGAUGGUCAUUCGAGGAGAGAACGUUGUUCUACUAGGGGAGAUUGAUCUGGAUGUCGAGGACGAGGUGCCUCUGCAGCCCGUGCCUUUGAACGAGCUGGACGUCGCCUACAAGCGAGAGACCGAAUUCCGGAAGAAGAGGGAAGCAGACAAGGCUAGAGUCCUAUUUGAGGCCGCUGGAUUCAGCAAAGAGGGGGGUGAGGACGAUGCCAUUGCAUGUCGUAUCACAAUUCCUUACAUGCGCAACCCAGAUAAUCAAGAGAAGGGAUCAUAUUCUAUGAGCAACUUACUCUUGAACUUUGUCACGAUGUCUCAGCAGAAACGGUGGCAAGACAUAGCGAAGGAGCGAAAGCGAGCACAAGAAUAUUCGAUUCCUUCUGAGUGGAGGAUAACUUUACCGGAGGAUGCAGGUCCCAACAUGACGAGUAUUCCAGCCAGAUGUGGCAUCCUGACCACAGAGGAAGUAGCCAUUACAGAGGAGACAGAUGUCGGCACGAUCCUUCACAACCUGGCAACAAAGAAAUGGUCUGCAUUCGCCGUUACGACUGCAUACCUCAAACGCGCCAUUGUGGCUCAUCAAUUGACAAACUGUCUAACGGAGAUUUUUAUUGAAUCCGCUCAAUCUCGAGCCCGUUUCCUGGAUGAACACCUUGCAACCACGGGCCAGGUUCUCGGACCUUUACACGGCCUUCCUAUAUCACUCAAGGAUCAAUUUUGCAUUAAGGGCGUUGAAACAAUCAUGGGCUAUGUCUCUUGGGUUGGUCGGAUCGCCGACAAAAAUGCAGUACUGGUAGACAUGCUCCUAGAAGCCGGGGCUAUCCCUUUUGUCCGAACAAAUGUUCCGCAGUCUCUGAUGUGGGGUGAGACAUACAACCACGUAUUUGGCAGAACCACGAAUCCGUACAACAUCCACCUCACAAGCGGUGGCUCCUCAGGAGGAGAAGGGGCGCUAAUCGGGCUGAAAGGGAGUCCUUUAGGCGUCGGAACGGACAUUGGAGGGUCUGUUCGUAUACCAGCCGCUUUCUGCAAUAUCUAUGCUCUACGCCCUUCCUACAAUAGACUCCCAUAUCAAGGGGCUGUCAACUCGAUGGCUGGGCAAGAAUCCGUCACAUCCGUUCUCGGGCCCAUGUCCAACUCAAUCUCUGGGUUAAAGAUCUUUGUCAAGGCCAUUUUGGACGGACGUCCCUGGGACCUUGACCCACUCGUUCCCCGCCUUCCAUGGAACCAAGCGGCAUACGAGCUUGUAGAGCAUGGAAGUGGCGGACGGCUGUGUUUUGGACUGCUGCUCCACGAUCAGCACACGAUGCCACACCCGCCGAUCAUCCGUGCUCUCGAGGCUGUCCGUGAAGCGCUGACAAACGCUGGUCACCAGGUUAUCGAUUGGUCACCUUACCGGCACAAAGAGUUAUACGACGUUCAGUGGUUGAUUGAAACGGCAGAUAUGGCCCAGGGCGUACUCAACGAGUGUAGCGCCACCGGGGAGCCAUUUAUUAUUUCAAUGGAGCCCAAAGAUGCAGAUGCAGCUCUCAAUGCUCCACCUGGCCAAGAUCCUCCACAGAAACCAUCUCCUUUCCAUCCCAAGCACCUCACAACUUAUGAGCUCUGGAAGCUCCAUGAACUGAAGAGACAGCUUAGGAAAGACUAUCUCGACGAAUGGCAAGCCUCGGUGAAACGUACGAAUACCGGACGACCCAUCGACGCACUCAUCACCCCAGUGGCUCCAUUUGUUGCUCCACUCCAUGGAAAGAACGAUAACUAUUUCUACACAAUGCUUUUCAACUCCUUGGACUACCCCACUAUUGCGUUCCCCGUCGGCUUUGUGGACAAGGACAAGGAUAUCAGUUUAGAACGGACCAAAUUUUUCACACCGGAAGAUAGAAGCAACCAUGAGAUGUACUCCCCCGAGACUUUUCAUGGCGCGCCUAUUGGAUUGCAAAUUGCGACUCGGACACAAGAAGAGGAAGCUCUUUUAGGGAUGAUGGAAGUCAUUGACAAGGCGCUGCGACGCCACCCCAUGUUACGAUAA